UCGAAGAACAGGAAGCCGGUCCCUGAACCAGUAACUCAACUUGUUGUUCAGAAGACUUUUAGCUGUAGUUGUGGCGUUUUCUUUUCUUUGCUGCCGGUUGGAGCUGAACAAGAUGAAUAAGGUGGUUUUGGUGACAGGAGCAAAUAGCGGUAUUGGCCUGGCGCUGUGUGAGCGUCUCCUCUCCCAGGACCCUGAAGGCCUCCAGCUGUGUCUGGCCUGCAGAAACAUGCGUCGGGCAGAAGCUGCUCGCUCUGCUCUCCUCACCUCCAACCCCACAGCUCAGAUCGCUCUGCUGCAGAUGGACACCAGCAGCAUCUCCUCCGUCAUCAGCGCUGCUCAGGAGGUCAGACUCAGGUAUCACCGUCUGGACUACCUCUACCUGAACGCAGGCAUCAUGCCAAACCCACAGUUUGAUGUGAAAGCUUUUUUCAAGGGCCUCUUCUCCAGCAGUGUCAUCACAAUGUUUGCCACCGGUGAAGGGAUUCUGACGCAAAAAGAUGGAGUCACAGCUGACGGCCUGCAGGAAGUUUUUGCCACCAACCUCUUUGGUCACUUCCUUCUAAUCAGGGAAUUGGAGCCAGUUCUGUGCCACGAAGGCCGAACCUCCCAGCUGGUUUGGACUUCCUCUAGUAACGCUCACCGCUCGGCUUUUAACCUCGAAGACCUGCAGCACCGAGGAGGCGCCCAACCUUACAGCUCCUCCAAAUACGCCUCCGACCUGCUCAGCUUGGCGCUCAACACACACUACAACAAACAGGGUUUGUACUCAUCCGUCAUUUGCCCUGGUUUUGUGAUGACCAACCUGACCUACGGCAUCCUGCCCUCCUUCCCUGCCUUCCUCUGGACGCUGCUUAUGCCCGUCUUCUGGCUUAUACGAACGUUCACCAACACUUUCACACUGACACCUUAUAAUGGAGCUGAAGCUUUGUUUUGGCUAUUUAAACAAAAGCCUGAAUCACUGGAUCCAUAUGCCAAAUACCACAGUUUAACAUCAGGGCUGGGCCACAACUACACACAACCACGGAAGAUGGAUAUCGAUUUAGAAACAUCCGAGUCUUUGUAUGAGAAAUUACUCCAACUAGAGAGUGAAGUGAGGAAGAAACUGCAGGAGAAACAAAAGGAAGCUCAAAAUGCUCAUGUCCAUCCUGCAGAAACUGAUUCAUCUUGAUGCAAAUCACACAUUGCUGGAUGAAGGGCAUUUGAUUCCUGUCUCCUCGCUGGUCACCUGGGAGCUGAAUGUUGCCUGGCUGUCAGACUUCACAAACAUAACACAUCUUCUCCUGACACAGCGACAUGAAAGCCUGGAUUUACAGCAGGGAGAGACAGUGAUUCUUAGUAUUCUGAGCUUGAUUUAUUGGUUGCAUCUGUAUUAUUUGUGUCAGGCAUGUUGCAGGAGAAAACACCAGUCAUGUUAGUCUGUUAAAGAGUUUACAAUAAAAUUAGGAUUGCAUGUUCCACUUUAAAUAUUACGCGAGAAGAACCUCAGUUUUGCAAAUAUAUGGAAAUCCAGUGUAUGUUUCCAGUUUAUGCGGUCCAGGAAAGACUUUCUCCAAGCUGGUUGUUAAUCCCACGAUCCUCACGACAAAACGCAGUGCAGUCCGACAGCAGACUGUCAGUAUCGUCCCAAAAGUUGACAUAAGUGGUCUGUGUGAGCCCCUCUGCGCUGUGCGGAGGCGCAGCCAGAUGCGCACAGCUGAAAUUACGCACCGGAGGAUUUGGUGCGCAAACCCAGCAGAUGUCCUGCUCUGUUCGUGUCCCAGUACCGCACUCCUCCUCUUCCUCUAUUCCGCUCAGUUUCGGGUUGCAAAAAGCCCAAACCAUCCCACAGAAAUACACGAAAAACGUACCCAUGACCAUAACCAUGAGCGCGUAGGACUCUAUCAUCGCUUUGGUGACCGGAGACGUCAUUUUUGGAGAUGUGCAGGAUUUGAUCGGUGCGUUUCAGAAAUUGUGUGCGGGAGGGGCGGUCAGUGCAGGAGACAUCAUCCUGGAGGCUGGACCACCUCAGCAGCCACACGAUCAGAAAACUAAUGAGUGAUUUUAACCAUUUUAGGCUAUAAACUGUCUCAACUUUGAAGGCAAACGUCCACGUGUUAAAGGUGAAAAUUCCGCUUUUAAAGAAGUGUUUUGAUAAAGCAGUGGGUUUCCUUGGAAGAAAGAUGCAUUUAUCGAUUUCAGUUUGUUUUGUCUUUAGUCUUUCAUGAUAAAUGAGGUGCACUCAGACAA